GCAUUACAAUAAAUGCCAUUUUUCUAAACCGGCACUUUUUCUUAAAACACCAUUAAUUGGUAUUUACAAAUAAUUGAGUCGCCGAAAUGAAGAUAGAAGAGGUCAAAAGUACGACAAAAGUACAUAGAAUAGCAGCUCACAGUCACAUCAAGGGAUUGGGUCUAGAUGAGCGAGGAGAAGCUAUUAAAAUUGCAGCUGGGCUUGUCGGACAAACACAGGCUCGAGAGGCUGCGGGACUUGUUGUAGACAUGAUCAAAAUGAAGAAAAUGGCAGGAAGAGCUGUUCUUUUAGCGGGACCACCUGGAACUGGAAAAACUGCCAUUGCCCUAGCUAUAGCACAAGAACUUGGGAGUAGGGUGCCUUUUUGUCCCAUGGUUGGCAGUGAAGUGUACUCUUCAGAGGUGAAAAAAACAGCAGUUCUCAUGGAAAAUUUUAGAAGAGCAAUUGGGCUAAGAAUUAAAGAAGUUAAAGAGGUAUACGAGGGAGAAGUCUCUGAAAUCAUUCCACACGAAAUGGAAAAUCCAAUUUCUGGCGGAGGAUUAGGAAAGACAAUCAGUCACGUUGUUAUUACACUAAAAACAUCCAAAGGCUCUAGAACCUUAAAAUUAGACCCAACAAUUUACGAACAAAUUAAGAAAGAAAAAGUAGAACCGGGCGAUGUUAUCUACAUUGAAGCCAACACUGGAGCGGUAAAACGUCAAGGUAGAUGUGAUGUAUUUGCCGCUGAAUUCGAUUUAGAAGCGGAACAAUACGUACCGAUUCCAAAGGGUGAUGUUCACAAGAAGAAGGAAGUUAUACAAGAUGUUACACUCCAUGACUUGGAUUCAGCAAAUGCUCAACCUAAAGGUGGGAUGGACGCGAUGAGUCUAUUAAACCGAUUAAGUAAGCAGAAGAAGACAGAAAUUACUGAUAAACUUCGUCAAGAAAUCAACAAGGUAGUUAACAAAUAUAUUGAUCAAGGAGUAGCUGAGCUUGUACCUGGAGUUCUCUUUAUUGAUGAAGUUCACAUGCUGGAUAUCGAAUGCUUUACCUAUCUUCAUCGUGCUUUAGAAUCAACCAUUGCGCCCAUUGUUAUUUUUGCCACCAACAGAGGUAUUAGUAAGGUCCGAGGAAUUCAAGAUAUGAAAAGCCCUCACGGAAUGCCACAUGAUUUACUUGAUCGUGUUAUGAUAAUCCGUACCUUGCCUUAUGGUAAAGAUGAAAUGGCUCAUAUUAUCAAAAUAAGAGCUGAGACUGAAAAUUUGUCUAUAUCAGAAGAAUCUGUACUUCGUCUAGCCGAAAUAGGAGAGAAGACAACUCUCAGAUAUGCCGUCCAAUUGUUAACACCUUGCAACUUAUUGUCAAAGGUGAAUGGUAGAGAAGACAUAAGUAAUGAUGAAAUAGAAGAAGUUAACGAACUAUUCUUCGACGCGAAAAGUUCUGCUAAAAUUUUGGUUGAACAAGCUGACAAGUUUAUGAGUUAAACGAUUAAAUAGUUUCAAGCAAAAUGUUGUUUUCCGAUUUUUGAUAAAUUAAAAAGAUAUAAACCUGCUCUUUUUCUACAUGUAUUUCAUUUGUCUUCAAAAAUAUCAUAAUCGUCUAAAACAUAUAAACUUGUAAGAUCUGAC